GUUGGUGGGCAGUAACUGAGCAAAGAUGCUGCGGAGUCUGCUGGUUCUUCGUCAGAUUGCCCAGAGGACCAUAAGCACUGCUUCACGGAGGCAUUUUGAAAAUAAAGUUCCAGAAAAACAAAAGCUGUUUCAGGAGGAUAAUGGAAUUCCAGUACAUCUAAAGGGUGGGGUAGGUGAUGCCCUCCUGUAUAAAGCAACCAUGAUUCUUACAGUUGGUGGAACAGCAUAUGCCAUAUAUCAGCUGGCUAUGGCUUCAUUUCCCAAGAAGCAGGCUUGACUUUGGUCAUCCCAGCAAUCAAUUGGUUCAUCUUCAUUCAGCUCUAUGGACCAGUAAUGUGAUAAAUAACUGAGCUUUUUGGGGAUCAGUAUUUAUUGACUUGUACUAACUGCAACUAAUAAAGCAGUCUUUACCAAAAAAAAAAAAAAAAAAAAAAAAAAA